UGUACUCUUAAAAAUCAUCUCACUUCAAGUUACAAUUCACGAGAGUGGAAUUGCUCCGUAUCGCGUUCAGAUUCCAUCGUAACUUCUUUGUCCAUUAAUUAAUUUCUACCAAGAUACGUAACAUCAAUUUCGGCCCUUAUUUUUUAUCUCUUUCUAGUUCUAAUUAGAAGAUGGUGAACAGUAUAAGUUGAGUCGAGUGUAAAAUUAAACCAUAUUGGAAGGAAUGAAUAUUUUCCUUUCAAAAAAAAAGUCCAUCUGUUCUACGCCGUUGGUCAACUGGUAUCCCGAUAUUCCAUCACGUGGUAAACCGUUUGGUAAUUGAGGCACGUGGCUGUCGGUAAAGCAAAUUCGUGUCAAACCGUGUUGCAUCGUCCGUUUUUUUUUCUCUUCGGUGAAUCUUGUCUUAGCAGGUCUUGGCGGUCGUGGCGGUCUUGGCGAAGGUGCGCAACGUGACGGGGAACGUUUCCGUGCACAAUUGGACCGAAUUUUGACGAAAGUUCUAUUGAUAUCGCCGAUUGGAAUUGGGGACCCAGAACCAACUCUUCGAAAGAUUCGAGAAACCUCGACCGCCCCGCGAGAGAUUCUGCCAUCUGCCAUCUGCUGAAACUGCUGCCAAUUUCCGCGCGGCCGUUAUCUAUUUUCGGAGGAUCGUCUCGUGUCCAGCCAGUCCGGCGAAUCCCGACGGAGGAUUCUCGGCCAGUUUGGUACAGCCGGAUAUUUUCGAGGAUUGCGUCGCGUGACGUCGCAAGCAGAUACGUGUGUCCGCAACACGUCUGACCAUUCGGACAAUUCACGAUCGCAUACGAAACGCCCGUCUUUUCACGCGACCUCUUUUUUUUUUUCUUUCUUCCUGGGGAGAACAUACCAUCCUCAUCGUUGUGUUCUGUUUUUAGGAGCCCAUAUGCCAAUUGCCGCAGAAAAAGGUCUGUUGGUGAAAUCCAGUGGAAACUUUCAUACUGUAGGAACACCCUCGGGUGCAAAAGUUUGAACUAACGGAACGCUAUUUGGUUGGAAAAGUGAGAGAUCUCAACUUCUGCCGCAAGGAUGUCCGGAAGCAAUGAUAGCUUUAACAGUAAUACCUGUGUGGUGUGCUACAAGAAUGUCGAUAUCUACAGCAUCGGUAUGUGCGAACAUCCCGUAUGUUAUGAGUGCAGCACUCGGAUGAGGGUGCUCUGCCGCCAGAACGAGUGUCCCAUCUGCCGUCAGGAUUUGCCAAAAGUAGUGUUCACGCGAGAGAUCAAGCCCUUCCACAGCUUGACUGGAACCAACUUACUGGACACCCGUUACGACAUCUACUUCAGAAGCUUUGAUAUUCAGGAAAAGUUUACAGAAUUGUUAGCCAACACCUGCUCGAUAUGCAAAGAGAAGCUGGUCUUUAGCAGUUUCAACAGUUUAAAGGAUCAUAUGCGACAACGACACGAGCUGCAUUAUUGUGACCUUUGUGUGGAAAAUUUGAAGAUAUUUUCGCACGAAAGACGUUGUUACACGAGAUCGAGUCUAGCUACGCAUCGGAGAAAAGGUGACGUCGACGAUAAGAGCCACAAGGGUCAUCCACUCUGCGAGUUUUGUGAUCAACGAUACAUGGACAACGAUGAGCUUUAUCGGCAUCUGAGACGCGACCACUUGUAUUGUCAUUUCUGUGACGCAGAUGGUCUCCAUCAGUAUUAUAGCUCGUAUGAUUUUCUCAGAGAGCAUUUCCGACAGGAGCACUACCUCUGCGAGGAGGGGGUGUGUGCGGAGGAGAAAUUUACAAGUGUCUUUCGAACCGACAUAGAUCUCAAGGCGCAUAAAGCCAGCGUUCACGGCAAGCAGUUGAGCAAGCAGGCCGCUAAGCAGGCGAGAACGUUAGAACUAGAAUUCACCUUGACGCCACGUGGAGAGAAUCGAAUGAAUAGGAAGGGUAUGGCGGGUCCGUCCACGUCAAGAACCACAAGGGACUCUUACAGGGACAAUGGUAGAGACUACAGUUCCAGGGAUUACCCGGUUUCAGUAUCCAGCGGUUCCAGUUCGUUCACAUCCAAUAACGAGCCUGUCUUUACGAGACAACCGUCCGUCGAUGUGCAAAGUACAGAAGAGUUUCCUACGUUAGGUGGUAGUGCUGCCGUCGUAUCAACCUUACCUCAACCCAAAAGCAGAGGAAACGUAACCAUCCGGAGCACCGUGAGAAAUCAACCGCUCGCGGUAACGGACGAGAACUUUCCGGCAUUGGGUCCGGAUUUAGCUGGCCCAAGUAUCUCAAAAACGGUGAACUUUAGCGUUUCUAGCAGUAGCAAUACCACAGGACCCAACGGCCUACCGCAGUGCCAGAAAGGUUCCGCGUCCUCUAACGUCUCCAUUCACGUGAACCACGAACCUAAUGGCACCGUUACCACCAGAGUAUCCGGACCUAGCAUUAGGAUACGUCCCGCGCUGUCUAUAGACUCUGAUUUCCCUGCCUUAGGUGGCACCGAACCGUCUACCAGUACUGCCAAUUCGACUCAAUGGAAGGAAGUUUUGCAAUGGACUUGUUCGAAAUCAGCACCGGCGAACACGUCAAAAUCUAAGAAAGUCGCGCCACCGCCCUCGGUACCAUCGGCGCCACCCACCAUUCGAUCUGGCGAAGACUUUCCAAGUCUGUCCAAAUCGUCCAAGUCGAAGAAGCAAUCUGUAAUCACGGUAGUACCGUCGUGGGGACAGAACUCGCAAAAUAUCAGCAACGCCCAGAGUUCCAUCCAGAGCACUAGCAACAACGUAAAAACAACGACGGAUCAGACGAAGAGUAAAACAAAGAAGAAAAAAGCGAAACAAGCUUCGAACGGUAAUAGUUCGAGUAGUAACGAAUCUAGCGGCUCCAAAUCCAACAUAAAUACCGUUGUAGCGAAGAACAUCGAGUUGGCGCACACUGAUGAUUCGAAUAACUUUCGCGUCGUUUCUAAAGAGAGUUCUUCGCAAGGUAUCAACGAUACAAAUGACGAUAAUAGUACGUUCAUAAAUUCGAGCGUGCAGAACUCUAAGGAGAACUCUGAACACGCGAGCAAGAAGGACAAAAGAAAAAACAAGAACAACGUGAACGGAAGUUUGGAAGUCGCAUCUGUUAUAAAUACGGAAUCCGGAAGUGGAAGCAACGGUUCUUCGAAUGGAGAGAGGCAGAGAAAGCGCAGCGAGCUGAAGAUAGACAGCCUGAACACGACUAACAAUAAUAUUCAUCGGACGGAAGACUUUCCUGUUUUAGGUACCAGUAGUAGACCGCCGGGUUUCACAAAUCCGCCGCCCGGUUUUGCCUCGCCAACUUUACCACCGCCCGGUUUCUCUAUCAAGUACAAUAGUUUCGAUAGACUGCAUAGUAGUAAUGGCUUAACGUUCACAAACAGUUCAGGUGAAAGUUACUCCAUUUUACCGGAUAACAGCACCAAGCAUGUGGCUCAUGCUUACGUAUCACCACCCGAUUUUCAAAAACGGAACACGUGUCUGGUGGCGAAGCUCAAUGCGGUCCUCAUGGAGCAGGACAAGAUUGACGAGUUUCGGUAUGUGAGCGGCCUCUUUCGCAAUGGUACCUGUGAUGCCCAGGAGUAUUACAUGCACUGUUGUGAGGUAAUGGGCGCCAUCGCCUUCGAGAGUGUAUUCCCUGAGCUACUGGUAUUGUUGCCGGACAUCAUGAAGCAACAGGAGCUAUUCAAAGUGCACAAGAGGGAAGCAGGUGGCAAAGCGAAGGGAUUAGAGAUGUGUACAACGUGCGGUCAAGUUCUUAAAAAUGGCUUGGAUUUUAAAACGCAUAUGUCAAGUCAUACGCUUGAAAAUCACUUCCCGGCGUUAGGUAAGAGCAAUAUGCCGCCAAAGAACACAUGGGUACGUAAAUGAGUCAAUUAUGCGCCCCUCAUCGAUCAUCGUCGUGCUACUGGGAGGACUUCUUGGAAAAGCCGAUUAUCCACUUGCCCGACUACUGAAAACGGUUGUAGAUAUAACACUCGUUUUUAUACCAUCCUAUCGAAAUUAUUGCGCUUAUUCAAUUCGUGAAACGAGUGUAACACGUAACUUUUAUUCCAAGAGUCAAUCAAUCCUUAGUGUUAAAAAUGAAAAUGUGUAUAAAACUAGUGUUGACUAUUCGCAAUAGACUUAAUACUUGUCAAGUGAAUUGCGAAGUAAUAUUGUUUAAAAUUAUAAAAAGAAAAAGAAUAUUAUAAUAUACAUAUAUCUUUGAGCUUUUACAGACGGUUGUAUUGAUGACGUAACGCUUCAAAACGCGCGACUGGCGUGACAAACAGGAGAUCAAAUAUUUUUUUGUAUAAAAUACUGAAAAAAAGUAUAUAUAAGAAUACUGAAUGCAAAAAGUCUGUUACAAGUUAUAAGAAGUGAGCGUAUAUGCGUUAUAUUAUAUUAUAUAUAUAUAGUAACAUCGAGCACUAAAGUUUCAACGAUUAUCUACUUUUACGACUGUAUUUUAAGACCGUACCGUGUACAUAAAGUUCGUAAAUAGAAGCGUUCCUUCCUAUAUAAUUUAUUUGCUACAUUUCUCGAGGAAUAGAGAUGGAAUAGAUUGCUGUGCUAUACACGAAAAAAAAAAACACCAUACUUUAGCAAAAUCGUUUGAUACGUGAUACAUUAUACACUAUACAGUACUUGUAGUACUACCGUACUGUUUUGUACCGUAACAAAGUUGUACAUUUAGUUAACACGACAAUACAUGAUUUUGAUGAGCGAG